AUGUGCGCUCCGCGCUACCACACGCUCGCUGCGGCUCGGCCUGCGCUUGCAGCGAUAUCAAGCUCACGCCGCGCGAUCGCGUUCGUCGCAGCGACCGCGAUCCUCGGCACCCUCUUCUACCAACUGAGGAGGCGAGCGGGCGGCUGCAACCCAGCGCCCAUGUGCCGCAUCUGGUCGUGCAGCAAGCCGCUCGCCGCCUCACUUGAGGACGAGUGGCCGUCGUGGCCGCCAGUCUCGCGCAAUGGUAUCCCGCGCGACAACCUUCCUGGCUGGUCGGCUGAGGUGCGGUGGAGGAGCCUGCACCGGCAACAGGCGGCGGCGGCGGCGGCGGCGGCACCACAGACUCGCCUGGUCUUUCUCGGAGACUCGAUCACGGAGGGUUGGCUGCGCUCCGGCUUCUCGGGGACCGCUCCUUCGAUCCCGCAGCCGGUGAACGAACAGCUGUGGCACGACGCCUUUGGCCUGUGGUCGCCACUCAACCUUGCCAUCGGUGGCGACCGUGUCCAGGACCUCGGCUGGCGGUUGCAGCGCGGCGGCCUGCUCGCGCGGGCUCUGCGCCCGACGAUCUUUGCGGUCAUGGUUGGCACGAACGACUUGGGCGCUGGUGAAUCAUGGCGGGUCGUCGCCGACGAGGUCACAACGCUCAACGGCCGGCUGGCGGCGUAUGCUUGGAAGCGGCCGUGGGUGCGGUGGGUCGAUUGCGGCGACCGUUUCCUCGCGCCUGGCUACGCACCGGCCGACCAGGCUGCGAGCGCGACGCCCGACGGCGACCUGAUGCUGGCGGAGCCGUUGGGUGCCCCACACGCCCGCGCUCACCAGGUGAAGCGGAACGCCUCCUCGGCGGCGGGGCCCGGGGGGCGUCAUUUGCAGCCGCACCUCAUGUACGACUUGCUCCACCUGACGCCCGAGGGGUACACUCGCUGGGCCGAGUGUUUGCGGCCUGCAAUCGCAGAGGCCUUUGCUUGGAACGCUAACCGCACGCGGCGGCAGUAGGGGACCGCUCUUCCAGAACCGUACAUCAGCCGGACCCCGCACAUGUCUUCUUUUUGUGAAGUAUUAGUUACUUUAUUGUUAGCCGUAUUCUGACUUUGUUGUGGCUCAACUUGUAUAAUGCCAUUAACGGGGGAGAGAUAUUCA